AUGACUACUCGAAGAGCUUUUGAUAGAAAGACUGAGGGAGAAAAUGAAGGUCAAGGAGCUCCUCCUCAAACUCUGGUUGACCCUUUGGCUGAGCAAGUGACUAAUGUGGUGUUUAGGACUGCUUUUCAAGUGUUGGAUCAAGCUGUGACGGCCCAAGUCGACAGGCAGGUUGUGAACCAUAUGAACCCAAAGUGGGCAAAAGUGCUUGAGUCCAUUAAUCUUCGACAAGGAAAUAUGAUUGUGAAGGAAUAUACUUUGAGGUUUACUCAAUUGUUGAAAUAUGCUCCUUCUAUAGUUGCCGACUCUAGGGCAAGGAUAAGCAAGUUUAUUUUGGGUUUCUCGGAAUUGGUAGUGAAAGAGUGUCGUUGGGCUAUGCUUGUCCAUAACAUGGAAAUUGCUCGUCUUUUGACUCAUGCCCAAAAUAUUGAAGAGGAGAAACUUAAGGAAAGAUCUAGGCAGAACAAGAGGCUUAGAAAUGGUGAUGGUAAUUUCUCUUAUGCAAGAUCCGAUGGAAAUAGUCAUCCUAGAUAUAGACAAAGUUUUUUCGGGCAAGGUUCCUCCAAUGCUCCUAAGUUCAACAAAGAUCGGGUGUCUUACCCUAAACCUCAAGGAGGAAAUGGCAGUGGGUCUUCAUUGCCAAAUUGUGCUAAGUGUGGAAUGAAUCAUGGAGGUAAAUGUCUAGCGGGUCCAAUGCUUGUUUUGGCUGUGAUGUCUAAUUCAGGUGGUGAUGAGGAAAGGGCUUGUUUAGAAGCCGAGGUCAAAGGAAGGAACGACUUCACCCUUCAAGCUAUGCACCAACAAUUUGAGAGAUGGACCCUUCAAUUUUAA